AUGUCCGACUUUGAGAAGCAGCGCGCGGCCAACAUUGCGGAGCGUGAUGCGCUUCUAAAGAAGAUCAGUCUAGAGGCUCAAUCCGCGGGCCUCCUAUCCAAGGCACCAGCGCCGAAAAGGACACAGUCAGAUAAGAAAAAGGCGCCGCUGAAAAAAGUGAAACGCGAGAAAGAAGCAGCUCCUGUUCCGCGCCGGACCUCAGCUCGCCUUGCCGGCCUAACCCCGGAUAGCGAGAUUGCGAAGCGCAAGGCAGAAGAAGCUUCUGAAGCAGAGAAGUUACAAAUGGAAGCAAAAAGGAGACGGGUGGCUGGGGACUUACGGAUGGAUGAAAUUGGGGUCAAAGGGAAAUGGGAAUCUUCUACUCUAGGUUCCCUUGUUACAAGCGGGCCGGCGAAGUACGAGAGAACCUUUGGCGAAGAAGAUAUCAAGAAGACGGCCGACAAGGACUUGAAAGCCCUAAGGGAGAAGAUGAGCGGAUUGAAUCUUUGGGAUGCCUGGGAACCCAACAGAAUUAAAAUAACCCCUGAACGAGUGUAUUCCAUGACAUUCCACCCCACUGAAUCCAAACCAUUGAUGUUCGCUGGGGACAAGAUUGGCAGCUUGGGCAUUCUCGAUGCAUCCCAAACAGCUCCUGGGGAUGACGAUGAUGAGGACCCAGUAAUUACAACAAUUAAAUUGCAUAGCCGGCCAAUAGCCGCUAUGUAUACACAUUCUUCUAGUCCUUCAAAACUUUACACCGCCAGCCAUGAUAGCUCGAUCCGGCAACUGGACCUGGAAAAAUCAUUGGCUACCGAGGCUUAUGUGUCUGAUGGCUCUGGUCUUUCUGGUGUCGACAUGGCCCCUAAUGAUCCUCAUACUCUUUAUUUCUCAACAUUGAAUGGUGUUUUUGGCCGCUACGAUACCCGUAAAAACGGAAAAAAGGGUAACAGUAAAGAUGAAGAAAGCUACAAUGCUGAUGAAUGGCAGCUGGCUGACAAUAAAAUCGGCGGUUUCUCCAUCUGCCCAACCAAACCUCAAUAUAUUGCGACGGCGUCCUUGGACCGAACUAUGAAAGUCUGGGAUCUUAGGUAUCUAUCUAAGAAAACACCCACCGCUGUGGCAGAACACACGAGUCCGUUAUCAGUUUCUCAUGCCGCGUUUAACAGUGUUGGUCAAAUAGCUACCUCAUCAUACGAUAACACCCUCAAGACAUAUAAUUUUGGGACUUUUGACUCAAAACCUCGAAAAAACAACGAGACUCUAACAAUCGAACCAGACGUGGUGAUUAACCAUAAUUGUCAAACAGGAAGAUGGGUUACAAUCCUCCGACCACAAUGGCAAGCUGCUCCUCAAUCAUCCGUCCAACGCUUCUGUAUAGCUAGUAUGAGUCGUUUCGUGGAUAUAUAUACCUCCAAGGGUGAACAGCUAGCCCAGCUAGGGGGCGCAGACGGCCUGAUAACUGCAGUUCCAGCAGUUGCAGUCUUCCAUCCUACUCAAGACUGGGUUGUAGGAGGCACAGGAAGCGGCAAGUAUAUACACCCUUCACUAAUAUAUAAUCACCCUAUAUUUGUGUCCCAUUUGGCCAUCUCUAUGCCAUGGCACACUGUUAAAGGCCAGAAUGUGAAAGGAAAGUAUUGA